AAGCAAUCUAAUAUGAAUUUAUUUAUGUGACCUUGUCGCACAUGAUUUUGACAGUUUAGAAGAGCAGUUCAGUUGAGCAUUCUCCGUCGCCAGUAGCAGUCACUUGAGUUGGCGAAUUUGGCGAUUCGUCAUUUAGGUCUGAAAUUGGAGCCUUGACAGUGAAACUAUCGAUUGUGAUUUGGAUCUUGGUGAGAGCAGAAAUACGGGGAUUGAGUAAUCGUUGCAAAUAUGUCUGCGAUAGUGAUAGCGUUGAGUCGCGCUUCGAGGCUGCAGCGUUCGGUUUGCAGUAACGUGAAUCUGUUGCAGCGCUGUAUGCAUAGCCUUCGUCAGGAUAAGGCCUUCGUCAAUGGCCAAUGGGUUGGAGCUCGGCAGGGUGCUACAUUCGAAGUGACCAAUCCGGUCAACGAGAAAGUUAUCGGAACCGUUCCGGACAUGGACGUUAACGAUGCUAACGAAGCAAUUGAUGCCGCGUACAAUGCAUUCUACGACAAAAAGUGGCACAACAGCACGGCCAAGGAACGGGCCGCCCUGCUGAAAAAAUGGUUCCACCUGAUGGAGGAAAACCGACAGGAGAUCGCGAACAUUAUGACGGCCGAGUCGGGCAAGGCCAUUCCGGAGUCGCUCGGGGAGAUCACCUACGGUAACUCGUUCGUCGAGUGGUUCGCCGAGGAAGCCCGUCGGAUUUACGGUGAAAUUGUUCCGGCGCCGAUGGCGAAUCGUCAGAUCAUGCUGACCAAGCAACCGAUCGGUGUGGCUGGAUUGAUCACCCCGUGGAACUUCCCGCAUGCAAUGAUUACGCGGAAGGCGGCUGCUGCCAUUGCCGCUGGCUGUACGGUGGUCAUCAAGCCAGCUGAGGACACUCCUCUGACAGCACUUGCUCUCACCAAGCUUGCGGAAGAAGCUGGCUUUCCAAAGGGAGUCAUCAAUAUCGUGACUAGUAGUCGGAAGAAUGCGGCUAGCAUUGGUGAGCUGCUGUGCAAGAGCGAAAAGGUUGCUGCAAUCUCGUUUACCGGUUCCACAGAAGUGGGCAGGCUCCUGUACAAACAAUGCGCCCAUGGAAUCAAGCGUAUUGGUCUGGAGUUGGGAGGCAAUGCACCAUUCAUCGUCUUCGACUCGGCUGACUUGGACAAGGCUGUAGCAGGCGCAAUGAACUCCAAGUUCAGGAAUUGCGGUCAGACUUGUAUUUCCGCCAAUCGGUUCUUGGUUCAGGAGGGAAUCCACGACAAGUUCAUUGCACAGCUGAUGGAAAGAGUAAAGGCCCUUAAAAUUGGUGACGGUUCUCAGGAAGGGAUCCAAAUUGGCCCACUGAUCAACCACGCGCAAGUAGAUAAAGUUUCAAACUUUGUCGAUGAUGCCAAACAAAAGGGUGCACAAGUAAUUUGCGGUGGUCGUAAAUUAUCCGACAAAGGAGCACUAUUCUAUGAACCAACAAUUGUAACGCAUUUACGUGACGAUAUGAAUUUGUAUAACGAGGAGGUGUUUGGGCCAGUUAUAUCAGUUAUAAAAUUCAAAACGGAAGAAGAAGCAUUGAAGAUUGCAAACGGUACUCAACGAGGCCUGGCCGGGUAUUUCUACAGUACAGAUUUGAACCAGGUGUUCCGAGUGUCCAGAUUGCUUGAAACGGGUAUGAUUGGCGUGAACGAAGGACUUAUAUCUUGCACUGAGGCUGCGUUCGGAGGAAUCAAAGAAUCUGGCAUCGGAAGAGAGGGAUCCAAGCACGGCAUCGAUGAAUAUGUUUACAUUAAAUAUCUGUGCUAUGGAAAUCUUGAAUAAACACAACCAGUGCAAUCUAUAGAACUCAUACGCAGCUGCAGCCAUAUGAAUGCAUUAUCUGGAUCGUAAUUUUCAUUCUCUCCGUUGCACAGUGCGCGAUAUGCAUAUGCUCCAUAUGCGCUGAUCUAAUUUAAAACUCGUUCCUUUUUACGCAUUCGAGUAUACGUAGAAAUACCGUACUCACAAUAAGAUCAAUCAGCUUAUUGUUUUACUCAAAUUGAGCGAUUGGAUCGUCUCGAUAUGUUGUUAUGAGAUUGGAGUUAUUUUACUCGGUAAUGCAUAGAAAUCUAGCAAACGUAAAUAAUAGUCUUCCAAUUUGUAAGUUAAGCUCAAUAUAAACCAAUAAAUGCACGCAAUUAUCGAACAAAAAAGACCUAAAUAUACAUAUGUGUAACUUAA